CACAUGUAGAGUUAAAGACUUGUGUCACUUCUCACUUCACUCACUUUAGUUUGUUUCACAGAACAUUGAGAAAGAUGAAGCUGUACGUGCUCAUUCUCACAUUUACUGUCCUUGUGUCUUCUGAGGACAAAGUUGUACAUGAGGAUUUUGAACUAAGGGUAGUCUCAAACACUCCUCAGAAAGAGGAUAUGCAAGGAUUUGAUGGAGAGGAGUAUGUCCAUUCAGACUUCAUUAGAAAACAAGAAGUGUAUGCAUUGCCAGACUUUUCAGAUCCCAUGCAAGCUCCUGGAUUUUAUGAUCAGUCUGUUGCUAACCAACAAAUUCUCAAACAAAACUUAGACAUCUGCAUUAAAGCUUACAAAAAUCCACCACCGCAAAUGGACCUUCCCCAGACUUCCAUCUAUGCUGAGAAUGAUGUUGUGCUGCGUGAGAGGAACAAUCUCAUCUGUCAUGUGACUGGAUUUUACCCUCCCUACCUCAAUAUCUCAUGGACGAAAAACAAUGAGAUUGUAACAGAGGACAGUCUAAGUCAGUAUCGCCCAAAUAAUGAUGGCACAUUCAACAUCUUCUCCACUUUGACGAUCACUCCUAUGGAAGGAGACAUUUACAGCUGCACUGUGAAUCACAUGUCCAUCAAGGAUCAACCUCAGACCAAAACAUGGGAAGUCGAUGUUGCUCUUCCCAGUGUUGGUCCAGCGGUUUUCUGUGGAGUGGGUCUGACUCUUGGGCUGCUGGGAGUCGCUGUUGGGACUUUCUUCCUCAUUAAAGGAAACAACUGCAACUGAAACCCCCUUUAUAAACGCUUUGAAAAUAUAUUGUGAUACUCUGUAAAUCAUUCUGUAAACAAAGACUGUUUAAAUUGUUAACAGUGCUGUAUCAUGUGCUUCAUUUUAUCUAUAAUUUUGUUUUGUUUUUCAUAGCACAGACAACAUUCUAGAUGUUGAAGAUACACUGACAAAUAAAAGCAUAAAUCUGAAAGUACCUGUAUUUUUUAUUAAUAUUACCUGUAUUAAUAUUCAUUUGAAUGUACUAGUAAUGUUGCAGUGAACCAUUGCAUUUGCUUAAUAUGUUACUCCAUACAUGCAUAUAUGCUUACAUCCACUGUUUCACUUAUACAUCCCAAUAGCAGUUAAACUUGAGUAAUUUGAGAUAAGUCUUUACAUUUUUAAUAAUUAGAUUUUUUUCUUGCCUUAUUCAUUGCUAAAUGCUGUUGUUUUGAAAUGCCAUUACACAUACAGUAUACACAUUAUAUUCUUCCACAAACUAAUGUCAUUACAAAUUUAUAUUAACAGUUUGAAAAUAAGGUGGCACAAGAAAAUCUUAAACCUUUAAAUUAUACUGUCAUUAUUUAAAUCAGUUUUAAGUUAUUUAAUUUUUCCUGUCUUCAAAUCAAAUCACUUUACUGUCACAGGACCAUAUGCAGCAAUAUUUGUCUUGCAUUUUGUGUGACAUUCCUUCCAAAUAAAUAUUCAAAUCUGUUUUACGGACACGUUUGUUUGUAAUGAAUUGUAUGUAUUUUCUCAUUUUCAUUUCAAAAUUGUAUUAAAAGCCUCAAUGAAUGACUCACAAACAGAGAAAGAGGUAGGUGUUGA